AUGAGGCUGGGGGUUUUCCUCCUCCUGGGGCUCCUCAUCCUCAGGGCAAAGCCGGGCACUGCACCACAGGAGAAAGGCGGGGAGCCCCAGAAGCCAGGGAGGUGCCCACGGGACUUCACGCGCUGCCUGCGCCUGGAGCCCCCCCUCUGUGCCAACGACUCCAGCUGCCCCGGCUGGCACAAGUGCUGCCCCCGGGAGUGCCGGCUCCGCUGUACCCCCCCGGCAGAAGAGAAACCCGGCGCCUGCCCGGCGGCAGCCCCCGAGGGGCUCUUUUACCCCUGCUCCUUCCCCUGCCUGGAGGACAAGGACUGCCUGGGAGCGCAGAAGUGCUGCCCGCUGGGCUGCGGCCCUGCCUGCCUGGAGCCGGUGCAGAGCCAACCCAAACCCGGGGAGUGCCCUGCAGCGCAGCCAGGGCCGGCGGGGCCGUGCCGGGAGCAGUGCCAAGGCGACAGCGACUGCCCCGACGCGCAGAAAUGCUGCAACAGCAGCUGUGGCCGCCAGUGCCUGCCGGCAGCCCCGGCUGGUGAGACAGGAUGGGAUGGGCAGCGUGGGCAGGGCUGUGGCUUGGGGACCAAGGGUGAUGCCGUGGGGCUGCAGCCGCCCCGAGGCACAGAGCUGUGGCACAACGGGGGCCCCCUCGCCCUGUGCUCACUGGGGUGGGCUCUGUCAGGGCUGGUGGGGCUGGCAGGAGAGCUGCUGCCUGUCCCCGACCUCUCGCUGCUGUCCCCAGUGAAACCUGGCGCCUGCCCCGCCAGCCCCCUGCCGGGCACUGACCCGCCGUGCCAGGACCCCUGCGCCCAGGACACCGACUGCCCCGGCAGCGCCAAGUGCUGCCCCCUCGCCUGCGGGUUCGCCUGCCUGGCCCCACUGCACGAGGACACCAGCCCUGCCCCAGCCACCCCACAGCCGCACCACCAGCGGAGGUGCCACCAGGACCAAGACUGUCCCACAUCCGAGGUGUGCUGUCACCAACGGUGCAGCCGGGAGUGCCAUGCAGACGGACGAGGGAAGGCCGGCUUCUGCCCGGCCCACGCCGGGCUGUUCCCCAGUUACGAAUGCAGAGCCUGGUGCCGGCACGACGCCGAGUGCCCCGGCGAGGAGAAGUGCUGCCUGCAUGGCUGCGACUACGCCUGCCUGCCCCCAUCCCGAGAGAAACCAGGCAUCUGCCCCUUGGCCGAGGAGGCGCCGACCACCGCAGCCCCAUGCGGCACCGCCUGCGCUGGGGACUGGCAGUGCCCGGGGACUGAGAAGUGCUGCAGCAGCAGAUGUGGCCAUGUGUGCUCGGCCCCUGAACGAGACAAACCCGGCGAGUGCCCGAAGGUGAGGCCGCGGCAGACGCCGGAGCCGUGCGCGGAGGAGGACUCCUGCACCCAUGACAGGGACUGUCCUCGGCAGGAGAAGUGCUGCUUCUCUGGCUGCGCCAUGCGCUGCGCCCGCCCUGCCAGAGAGCACCCUGGGGAGUGCCCUCGGGCAGAGCCGUGCUGGGACCCCCGGCGCAGGCAUGGGAGCCGGUGCCUGGAUGACAGCAUCUGCCGUCGAGAGGAGAAGUGCUGCAACACCGGCUGCGGCUGGGAGUGCAUGGCCGUGCCCAGAGAGAGCCAGGACAGGGCCAGUGGCCAGUGCAUGGAGGAGUGUGAGGCCGACUCUCAGUGUCCCCAGGGGCAGAGGUGCACCAGCAUCGGCUGCAGCCACAUCUGCAUGGACAUUCCUGGAGAGCGUGAUGCUGCGGUCGUGCCACAGCACAGAGCCAAGCAGUGCACGGAGGAGUGCGAGGCUGACUCACAGUGUCCCUGGGGACAGAGGUGCACCCGCAGCAGCUGUGGCCGCGUCUGCAUGGACAUCCCCGGAGUGUCACAGCCCCAGGGGAGGGCCGGGCUCCUGCGGUCGGGCACCACGACACAGGAGGGGGCAGCCGUGCUGCUGUGGGUGCACAACCCUGCCCUCGGGCUGGUGAGCAUCCCCGGGUGA